AUGCAGUCGUCACCACUGAGGGUGGCUGUGGUGUGCUCAAGCAACCAGAAUCGGAGCAUGGAGGCACACAACGUCCUCAGCAAACGAGGAUUCAAUGUCCGGUCCUUUGGAACAGCAACUCGCGUGAAGCUUCCAGGAUCAACACCCCACAAGCCGAAUGUUUAUGAUUUCAGUACCACAUAUGAUCAGAUGUACAAUGAUCUUCUUAGGAAAGACAAAGAACUCUAUACAAGCAAUGGCAUUUUGUAUAUGCUGGACAGAAAUAAGAGAAUCAAGCCCCGGCCAGAAAGGUUCCAGAGCUGCAACGAUGUGUUUGAUCUGAUCCUCACGUGUGAAGAGAGAGUCUACGACAAGGUGGUAGAACAUCUGACUUCCAGAGAACAGGAGACCUGCCAGCCAGUGCACGUGGUCAACGUGGACAUCCAGGACAACCAAGAAGAGGCCACCCUUGGAGCGUUCCUCAUCUGUGAGAUCUGCCAGUGUCUUCAGCUCCUGGAGGACAUGGACAACAAGAUGGAGGAGAUGCUGAAGGAGUUGGAGAAGAAGAGGGGCAAGACCUUUCUGCACACCGUGUGCUUCUACUGA